CUGAGGUAAACAGUUGUGUAACACACAGCUUUAGCACAUGGUGGUGAACUCGUGUCAGAAGCCAAAAUCAUGCCAGAAGGUCCAGAGCUGCAUCUUGCCAGCAAGUUUGUUAAUCUUGUCUGUAAAGGAAGAGUUUUUAAAGGCCCGAUAAUUAAAUCGGAGGUGAGUAAACAUGCCGAUGUGGAGUUUGAGGACGAGUACACGAUCUCCGCUACCUCCAGGGGUAAGGAAAUGAAACUUACAUUAAACACCAUGUGCAAGGACAAUAAAUCACUCAAUAAAAGCAGAUCUCUGGACAUCGUAUUCCAGUUUGGCAUGUCAGGGAAGUUUGAUUUUUAUGAAGCAACUGAACUGAAGAAGCACGCACAUUUGAAUUUCUUCACUAAAGAAGAACCGAAGAUGGUGUUAAGCUUUGUUGACUACAGAAGAUUUGGGAAAUGGCAGGUGGGCGGUGAAUGGUCAAAAGAGAGAGGUCCAUGUGUUCUGUUUGAGUACCUGGCCUUUAGGAAGAAUGUUCUGGACAAUAUGAAGAAUUCAGUUUUCAACAAACCAAUAUGUGAAUUUCUAUUGAACCAGACAUACUUCAAUGGAAUAGGAAAUUACUUGAGAGCUGAAAUACUAUACAGGGCAGGGAUACCACCUUUUGUGUCAGCUAGAUCAGUACUGGAACCUCUGAGUGGGGAAGGAUCUGAGAAUUUACUGAAGACAGAGACCCCUGACAUUCUACAGCUCUGCCACAUCCUGCCUCAGGAAGUGAUCAAUCUAGGAGGGACAGGGUACGACCCAGAGGGGAGAGAUCCAGACUAUUCCAAGUUCUGUGAAUGGCUCCAGUGUUACUACAAAGAAGGCAUGGAAAACAUGGCGGACCACAACAAAAGAACUAUAUGGUUUCAUGGCAAUCCAGGACCCUUGGUUCCAAAUGAAAUCAAAGUCAGGCAGCUAAAGAGAAGCUCAAAAGUGGCCAAGAGUAAUGCAAAGAAAAUGAAGAAAGACAUAGAAUCAGAGAAGUCAGGUGAAGAAAAUGGAGGUUCAGAGACUGUGACAAGAAGGAAGCUUCAGGUAGCAGAAGGCAGGGAGUCUAAGCAGAAGGCAGCAAAAUCUUCAACAAAAUCAACAGCAAAAUCACUUAAAAAGUCAUCAAACAAAUCCAGAAAGCUGGACAGUCCAUCGGAAUUAAGCAAAAGUGAAUCUGCAGUUGUAAGAAAAAGAAUUAAAAAAAAGGAAGAAAAAGACUUCAAUCAGAACCAAAUUAAAUCAUCCAUCUCCAAAGAAAAGUCAACUUCAAAGAUUGUUGUAAAUGGAGAUUCAAAUACCCUUAAAGCAAAGGUAUCACAAAAAGGAAGGAAGAAAAAGACCAUCAAGUCUGAUUACAUAGGCCAAAAAUCCACUGCUAGUAGGAGCAGAUCAAAGUCUUCUGCUUCCACUUUGUACAGCAGGAAUGGAAUAGAGGGUACCCCAAAGUCUGUAAGGCAAAUGUCAGAAAGAGCUGCUCGAGCAAAACGUCGUCAUGAGAGAUGAAUCAUUUGAUAGCAUGACUUUCCUAAAAUGAGAUCAAAUGAGAGGUCGGUGUCUACAUUUCUGGACAUAUUGUCUGAAAACCCUGAAGGAAAAACCAGUCUGAUCAGCAACAUCUGCUGCAUUAUUAAAUGAUUUUCUGCUAUUGUGAAGGAGUCAAAUCUUUCCCAGCCAAAAAUGGACAGGAUUUUGUGGAUGGACCGGGUGCCAUGAAUGUUGUGAUUAAGUAUUUCUAGGCCUCAUCUUGAAUAUGUGGCAUGGCAAAUAGUGUUAGUCUUGUUCUUUUUCUGUCCAUUCAUCCUUCCUUCUUACCCAUUGUCAAACUGCCACACCUUUCAUUUAGAUCUGUUUUAAUAGUGUAAAGAUAGUUUAGCUGUAAUUCAAUCAUGGAAAUAAAUUGAUAAAAGCUAUUCAAGUAUUACAACUUAUAAAGACCUUCACCUUCCCUAUUACCUUGACUCUACUAUUUCUUAUUUGUGUUAAUAUUUAUACUUUUUAAUCAUUUUAGGCAAAAUUCAUACAUUACAUAGUCAUAAAAACUAUUCUUCAUUGGAAAUUUUUUGACUUUGAUGUUCAUAGUGACCUUAUUUUAUAUUCUCUUUCCCAUUUUUGAACCAAAGCAAUAUAGGGUAUGUUUUGAAUACAAUAUUAUAUUUUUAAGAAUGUUCCACUCAGGUAUUUCAGUACAAACAGUGGUAUGUAAGUCAGUUAAAAAAAUUAAAUUAAUUGAUUUUAAAUAUUGUACUUAUUGUUUUAAAGCAUUUUUAUAAAGUUUGUAUAUUUGUAUUUAUAAUCAUAGAACUUCAAUAAAGUAG